UUGUCUUCUCAGGUUCCUCGUUCGUUUGCAGGCCCCUCUCCUAUCCACCCACCCGACACUUUAACUACCACCAUCACCUUCGACAUCUUUUCUAUCCUCCCUGCCAUCCCCAUCACUCCAAUCGUCAACAUCAUCAUCAUUACUGACUUUAUCGAAGAAGUACGCCAACAGGAGUCCCGGUUCACAGGUCUUUUAGCCGACCAUUAUCAGUUGACUGGGCACCAACCUUGUCUAAUUGAUCCCGCCCUGAGGCAGAUGCAGACCGACUAUGAAAGCCUAAUAGCACGAAUGUCAUCCAGACUGGCCAGUGGCGAGAAGGAGGUAAGUAGGAUUGAGGCAUGA